UCUUACAAAUCCUACAUAGUAUUUGCAAUAUAAAGGCCGAAAAUGCAUAAAAUAAUAAUUGGUAAGAAUGAAAAGCGACCAAAACACUAGAGAAAUAGAAACGGUGACACGGUGGGCAUUAACAAACCUCUAACUUCGUAAGAGAUGAGAGACGAGUGUUGCUCCAUCGCCAGUACAUAACCUCGAUGUGGUUUUGCAAUGUAGUUUUUUAUUUAUUUUUCAAGAAAACAUUGUAUUUACAAUAAAAUGGAUUCAGUAAAACCGAGUUCAAACGCAAACAGUGAACUGGACAGAUCUCGUUUAACAUCAGAAGUGUACUUCCUGAUUCAAAGGUUUCUCUCUAAUGGGCCACUUAAACGAACCUUACAGACUCUCAAUGAAGAACUACAUGCACACCAGAUUUUACCAAAGAGACUUGACUGGCAAGGAAAUGAGCAUAACACCACAGUUGACGAUAUGGAAAGGCAAAAUCCCCAAAUUCGACCAGACUUUCUCUACUUUUUGUGCAGCCAGGCCUCAAGUGUUUUAAAUCCAAAUACCCGAUUGGCACCGUCAUUUCUUAGUUUUCAUCCAAAUACAAAAAAUGAGAAUGGAGUUUAUAGCAACCAUCGACAAUACUUUAACAAUGUGUCGAGAUAUCGUGGUGUUUCCAUACAAGAUGCUAAAGCUCCAUUCAAUAUAAUUAACAGUAUAAGAGGAAAUGAAACCGGAGGCCCCCUAUCAAGAAGUAACAUCAUUAGUCCCCGAAUAUACAAAGGAAUGCAGAUGCAACGAAUCACCAUUGGUCAUUUAUCAGCAGUUUAUUGUCUUUUAUUUGAUCAUUCGGGAAAGUACGUUAUUACUGGGGCUGACGAUCUCUUGAUUAAGUUGUGGUCUUCCGCGACAGGUCGUUUAAUCGCUGCCUUCCGCGGGGCGUCUUCAGAAAUUACAGAUAUUGCAGUCGAUCCUGAAAACCAUCUACUUGCGGCUGGUUCGAUUGAUAGGAUUUUAAGGGUUUGGGACUUACAAACGGGUGCGCCAAUAGCAGUUCUUACCGGACACACUGGAAUGAUAACUUCCGUAAAUUUUUGCCCUACGCCUUGUUGGGGCCACAAGUACUUAAUAAGCACCAGUACAGAUGGGUCGAUCGCAUUUUGGAUCUACAAUUCUGAAGGGGUAGAUAAUAAAGUCCAAUUUAGAAAUACUCCAAAUUUAUAUCAAGAGAAAAUUAGGCCUGGGCAAGCUCAAAUGAUUUGUUCGUCGUUCAGUCCGGGUGGAACAUUCUUAGCUACAGGUUCAGCAGACCACCAUGUGAGAGUGUACUAUAUGAAAGGUGAUGAAGGUCCUCAAAGAAUCCUUGAGACAGAGGCACAUACAGAUAGGGUUGAUUCUAUACAAUGGGCUCAUUCCGGUUUAAAGUUUUUGUCGGGUAGUAAAGACGGUACUGCCGUCAUAUGGUGGUUUGAAAGACAACAGUGGAAAAAUUUAUAUCUGGAUAUGUCCACAAAACUUGCAAGUGAUAAGCCAGGCUCAGAGCCCGAUUCCAAAAAAAUUAGAGUUACAAUGGUUGCAUGGGACAAAUCGGAUGCUUCCGUGGUAACUGCAGUUAGUGACUACUCGUUGAAAAUUUGGUCAGCUGCCAAUGGGCAGUUAAUUAAGAUACUGAAAGGGCAUGUUGAUGAAGUUUAUGUUCUUGAACCUCACCCACAUGAUGAAGACGUGAUUUUGUCUGCCGGACAUGACGGCCAGCUUUUGAUUUGGGAUAUACAGCGAGGCGAUAUUCUCUUUAAAUAUCUAAACACCAUAGAAGGGCAGGGCUACGGUGCAAUUUUUGAUGCGAAAUGGAGUCCGGAUGGAUGCUCCAUUUCAGCGAGCGAUUCUCACGGAGACAUUAUGACUUUCGGUUUUGGAAUCGGAAGUCCUUUUUACCAGCAGCUUCCGAGGGAAUUAUUUUUUCACACAGACUAUCGUCCGCUAGUGAGAGACCAAAAUAAUUGGGUUUUAGAUGAACAAACUCAGGUUCCUCCACAUUUAAUGCCUCCUCCAUUUCUGGUCGAUAUUGACGGAAAUCCUUAUCCUCCAAUGUUACAGCGGCUGGUGCCGGGCCGAGAAAAUUGUAACGUUGAUCAAUUGGUUCCCAAUAUUGUCAUCGGAAAUGAAGGCAUUCAGGAAGUGAUUCAAGAUGUAUCACAGCGGGUAGUAGUUGACUCGGAAGACGACGAUGAUGUCCGUGGUAAUGCAGGAGGAUCUAUACGAACUCAUCGAAUCCGGCAAAGCAGAGGUGACUGGCAGACGGAUCACAACAUCGAAUGGAAGAAAAACUUAUUAGUAAAGCCACUUAGCCCUUCAGUGUUAAAAAGGUCAAAUGAAAUCAGGAAAUUAAUAGAAGUGGCUGAGAAGAAGGAGUACCAGAGGCAGUUACGUACAAGACCCCUUAUGAUUAACACUGCCGGUCCUAGUAAUCCCAGAAAGAAGGUACCGAGAAAACGUGCACCCAACGGAACAAGGAAACGAAAGCAGGAAGUAGAUAUGGAUAUUUAUGAUAUUGGGCCACUUUGUCCGUACGCAAGCGACGAGUCUUCAUUUUCUGACUGGACGGAAGAAAUAUCAGAGGCGAAACGACGAAGGUCAACGCGUCGUAACAAUAACAAGUAUAAUCGUAGCGAAACAUCAUCGGAUAGUGAUGAUACAACGGAUGACACUGAUCAAACCGAAGAAGACUCCGAGGGCGUGAGCGAUCAGGAACGAACAGAACGCAAAUCAAGAUCCACUAGAGAGAAUAAGGCAAAAAUCCGGCAUGCAUCUCCAAAGCCAUCAACUUCAAGACAACAGGGAUCGACAAGAGCAGCUGUGCCCAAAAAUCCCGUUAUUCCUAAGCAAGAUCCGGUUCCAAAAACGGGACAAAUGGCAAAACUUACCGCCGCUGAACCGUCAUGUAGCGCCGUUGCAAGCACCUCACAAGGACCAAAACUUAAAGUGUCCGAACAAUAUAAACUUAGUGAGUGGCUGGCAGAAACGAGGCCAAGAAAAUCUCCAUAUUAUCCUCAGAUGCACGAUGAAAUUGUUUACUUUGUUCAGGGGCACAUUUUGUAUAUGGAAGCCGUAAAGCAAAAAAAUGUUUACGAACCUGACAUUAAAGAAUUACCUUGGGUGAAAGGUAUGCAGCUCAACGGUCAUGAGUUUUGUAAAGUGGUAGGUAUUCGCUACGAAAUAAAACCUCCCCGGCUAUGCUGCCUAAAGCUAGCCUUGCAAGACGAAACCGGAUGUUUGACCGGUAGAAGUUUGACUGUUAGAUAUCAUGAUAUGCCGGACGUGUUGGACUUUUUUGUGCUCAAACAAUGCUAUUUAACGGCUAUGUCAAGAGACUGGCAAUCUGGCGAAAAGUUCCGUUGCAUGAUUGAUGAUAAUUGGUGGAUUGGCGAAGUAAGUUGCAAGCUACCAGCGAAUGAUCCUUAUCCUGUAUCUGCAUUCAUGUGUUACGAAAUUAGUUGGACUAAUGGUGAACAAGAAAGAAUGAGUCCUUGGGAUAUGGAGCCUAUCGACGAUAGUCGUCUGCCGGAAGAUGAUAAAGCGGCGAUUCCGGUUCUAGAACAUGAAUUACGGUCUAUUUUGUAUAAGCCCGUUUCAGAAGACUGGCCAAACUGUGAACGCGACACUGUCUGUAAAGCUAUUGCCAGAGGAAUUACGCAAGUAAUGGAAUUGGCCAUAGCAGAACCAUUUUUAGUCCCAGUUGAUAUAAAUGUGUAUCCUACGUAUGCUAUGAUAGUAGAAUAUCCCAUAGAUCUAUCGACGAUAAAGGCAAGAUUCGAGAACAAUUUUUAUCGACGUGUAUCGGCUGCAGAAUUUGAUAUUAGAUAUUUGGCGACAAAUGCAGCUAAAUUCAAUGAACAGCAGAGUUCUAUAGUUAAACAUGCCAAAAUUUUGACCGAGUUGUGCUUAAGGAUCGUCAAGAUUGGAAAUAAUGCAAUUGACAUUGCGUCCAUAUACCAUCAGCUUGUCGAUGAAUAUUAUUCUUCCCAUUCCGAUGGUGAAGGAGAAAUUGACGUCAGUCAGCCAUCUACAAGUAGGACGUUCAGAUAUCUUCCAGUUAGAUCAUGGAAGUCUCCUGAUGAUUGGAAAAUCGAAGCCCGAGGCUUAUUUGAACUGAUGUGGCAAACAGACGAUUCGGUGCCUUUCAGGGAACCAGUCAAUAAAAACAAAUAUCCUACAUAUUAUCAGGUAAUUACUGAUCCAAUGGACUUGGAAACAGUAAAGGAUAAACUUGCGAAAGGAGAAUAUAAAAUUCCCAGCGAUUUUUGUUCCGAUAUGCGGCUAAUUUUCCAGAACUCACGGACAUUUAAUACCAACAAACGUUCUAGGAUUUAUGUAAUGACAGUUCGACUAUCUGCAAUGUUUGAAGAACACGUGAAGAAAAUUGUUUCAAACUGGCGUACUGCCAAGAAACGACAGCGUCGUUUAACCCCGACUUCUGAUGAAAGUGAUGGAAACAUAUCCGAUUUCACUGACAGUCGAGUUGAAAUUGAAAAGCCCGAUCCAGUGAAAGUUAUAUUUGAGGAAACUAAAAACGGGAGCAUUUCUGAAUCGGACAGUGACAAUACUCCACUGGAAUUCUUAAAGGCUGCCAGUAGAUCCAAUACAGCGACUGAAUCCGAUACAACAUUGGAUAAAAUGUCAUCUUUUGCAGCAGUAGAGGAAGAGGAGCUAGCGUUGGAACAAGAUAAAAGACUGAAUGAAAAUAGAGUCAAUCAUUUUCAUAAUGAACCAUCAACGUCUAGUCAAAGUCCUCUGGAAGAUUUUGAUCAUAAUUAUUCCAAUCAAAAGCUUGGACAUCAGGGUCGAAAACUUCUUAGAAUUAAUAGAAACGAUACCAUGUCAAAUAUGAAUUCAGUGAAUUCGUCAUUGACUAACUCCAAGAGCGAGCAGAACAAUAAAAAUGAAAUUAGACACUCUAGUUCCAAAGAUAGUGAUUCUUCUGAUGAUAAUGAUGAUGACUAUCGACCGCCAGUUCAAUUGAAGCGGUUAGAUAGUUAUCACAGCAGUAAUGCAGACUCAUCAGAGGACGAAAAUGUGGCAAUUUCCACUCUCAGUCUCAAGUCUCAAAAAGUUAAUGCGAGUACAGGCAGUGAUGAAGAGAGUGAUUCUCUGAACCUACUUGAAGUACAGUCCGAAUUGCGAAGAAACAAAGCAGUAAGUGACGAUGAAGAAUUCCGGCCGGAUGAUUCAUCAGAUAGUUCCAUAAGCAGUAGGCCUAAGCGUCGGAGGAAAAAUAGUUCUGAUUAUGAAUUCACUGCUGGUAGCAUAAAAAAUAAUACACGGACCAAAAGACAAAAACGCAAGCCAUCUUUCGUUGUAGAGGAAGACGAGGACACAUCUUCAAGCAAUUCUUCGGAUUCUGAAACAUCUGACGACAGUGUGCCACUGCAAAGAGCUGCCAAGAGGCGACAAAAAACAAAAAAGAAUGAAAUCUUUUCAACGACAGAUUCCGAAGCGGGUUCACCACCCAGAUCUCGACGGAAAAGAAGGAGAUUGGUCGCGAGAGAGAGUUUGGAUUCUGAUGAUGAUAAUCAAGGAGAAAACGAAAAACCAGGUUUUUUUGGAAAUGUGAGCAGCAGGGGUAGGGUGCGAAAAAUUACUGAACGUGCUGCAGCCUUCUUAAAAAAAGACAAAAAGUCCGGGUGAUGUAGGCUUGGCUAUUGCUUAGGCAAAUUUAAAAGACGUUGUGAAUGUGCAGUUGUCGUUGAUGUGACCCUCUUAGUUAUUUUGGACUUGUAUUGCGCCACUGCGAUAUAAUACUGACAAAGUUUUUUGAAUUACAGCUUUUUAGGCACGAUUUUUUUUUAUGUUAUAAGGAUUGAACAUUUAAUUAUAGUUCUCGAUCAACAUUUUCGUCUGUUCCAACCGUGCCCCUUCUAAAGGAAUUUAUCAUUAACAGGACGUAUUUAAAAAUAUUUUAAAUAGUAUCUUACGUCUCCAGAGUUGUAGUAAACAUUUCAGAUAAUUUUUUUUUACAUUUUUAGUAUUUUUGGCUGUUAAUUAUCCCAAACGAUUUUCGUUUCCAUUGUUUCCAAUUUCUGCAUAAUUUAAAAUGUUUUCAUCUUAUUUCAAAAAAUCUGUUUUAUUCAGUUGCGGAAGCUUAGGCGUGCAGCAGCACACAGAGGGCUUCUGAAAUUGCCGAUCAGAUAUUUCUAUACAAAUUCUCCUACUCUGAUCACAUAACUGUUACUUAGACCACUUGUUUUGGCUCUAUUUUAUCCGGUUUGGUUGAACGGUCAUCUCAAUUACGCAUAUUGACUGUAUCCAGUAUGUCUCCGCAGGUUGAACACAUAUGGAAAUUUUUUUAUUAGUAAAUUUAAGAAGAAUGAUGUUCUUCAUGAAAAGUUUUCUGCAGUCUAAAACGUAAAAUGCUACUAACAGAUACUUUUAUUUUUAACUAUAUCGAAAAGCAUUAUUUAAAGAGUUGACUAGAACAAAAACACAUUUGAAUAUGCAAUUACACGUAUUUUUGAUUUUUUAAAAGUGUUGUUUUUUAUAAAUUUUCUGCCUUAUUAAUAAAAUAUCAAUGAUGUUAUUGGUAAAAAAAAUAAUUAAUGAAUGUUAUUUCGUCAUUAUAGUACUUCAGAGCAUCUUCGAUUCCAUUCUACAGUUAAAUGCGCAUUGUAAUUGUAAACAUACAUUAAAAAACAAUAAUUUUUUUAUUGAAAAUGGGUGUAAUUAAAUGUAGUUCCGGUUCUGGUCAACUGUUUUUGAUAACAGUUUUCGAUACUGUCAGAAACAAAGAUUUUUUACCUUUGAGAAAAAGUCAUAUUUUUUGACAAACCUCGCAAUAGGCCUGGAAAAAAUAAAUAUUUAUUAGUUGCAUUUUAUAUUUUACAUCUAGCCGAACUUUUUAUGGAGAAUAACUUUUUCUAAACAUAAUAAUAAAAAGCAUUUACUAAAUUACACAAGAUUUGCGCACUAUGGAGAUUUAGUUAUUCGAAUUUUGGACAUUAUGAAAAGUCUGUUUUCAAGUUAAUCAUCGUACUUUUAAAGUAUGUUCCUCCAAAUCAAAUAUUAACGUUUUACUUAGAAAAGGUACUUUUUGAUUUAAAUGAGUACUCACGAAAUUCGAUGGUGAUAUGCUAAAGUAUGUUUCCGUCUUAGUGUAAUUCUUCAAAGUGAAAAACGUUCUAGAUAUAAGUUACUUUAGUGACAGAAUUUUCUUCCCGAACUAGUAAAGUUGAAUUUAUUUUUUACAGAUUGGUAUUUAUUUUUAAAUUAACUUAAUAAACCAUCCCAUAUUUCUUUAAUAUUAGAAUAUACCUUUGUGAUUCGAAAUAUAUUUUUAAGACGUGUAAGCCUGUAGGUCAACAUUUAAAACAAGAGUCUGUCUGCUGUAUGUACAUACAUUGUUUUUUUCUUUACUAUAUCAGUGACCAAUAAAACAGGAUCUUACAAUCA